UUUUAGCCACAUAGUUCAUUUUUUAAUAUAAAGAUAUGUUAAAUACAAUAUUUUUAAAAAAUUUAUAUGUGUUCGCUUUGCGGUUUUCCAGCAACAGCUGGUUUGCUAGAGUUCGCGGGGGGUUUAAAAAGGAUAAAGGGAAAAAAAUUCUGUUAACGAGCAGAAACCAUGGCAACAAAGCAGACAAAUGGCUGUCAUUAGAAAAAAAAGUGCGUCAAAUUUUUUUAAAGUGUUUUUGCUAGUGAAAGACGGUUUUUAAAUAAAAAAAAAAAUGCCGAAUAAAUGCUGUGUUCCAAUGUGCACUUCUGGUUACGUGAAAAAGGGAAUUGUCUCCGAAAGAGUGCCGCUGUUCAAGACAAAAGACCCAAAAAUGCAAAAACAAUGGAUGAAAUCUAUUCCAAGAAAAAAUUAUAUAGUCACUGCUAAGUCGUGGGUUUGUGUCCAUCAUUUUUUAGACUCUGAAAUAGACAAAGGGUAUUUCGUGAAUGUUGCAGGACAAAAAAUUUUCAAGGAACACAAGCAUUGGAAACUGAAACCGGGUGCAAUUCCAAAAAUUUUUCCUAAUUGCCCACCUCACAUGACAAAAGUAAUGUGCAGCACAAUAAAGAAAAAAAAUUGUGAUAUUGAAGAAUCUGCUGAGGAACCUAUUUCAAAAAACAAACAAAGUACGAUGCAAUCUACAGAUACCCCACUUUAUGUAGUGACUACUUUGAGAGAUGCUACAAUUUCUUAUGGAAAUAAGGUUAGUGGAGAAGAAGCUCAAGAUAUGCCUUUAACACCUACUCAGCAGGACAUUGAUUGGCAAACGGGAAUUAGAAAAUUGAAAUUUCCAAGUAAUUGGUCGUAUACCAAGGAAAACGACGAAUUUAACAUAUUUAAAGUACUGAAAGACAAAGGAAGUUUGGAAGUCGAAAAAAAUUUGGUGUUGUGUAAAGGAAUCGUUUCCUAUCAAGUGAAGAAAUCGAUAGUUCCACAAAAUAUUGUACUUCUGCCAUCUUUACUAACAUCGCUUACUAUGCUGGAAAAUAUUAUCAAAGUUUUUGAUGAAUUGGAAGUUUGUGGUGGAGUUACUGUGUCUCACGUAAAUUCUAAAAAUGUCCUCCAGAAAUUACAACAGGUUGAAUUUAACGAAGGUUAUGAAGAUAGCGGUGUGUGGCGUUCUUACUCUUGUAAGCGUUUACUACAACCUCCAUCGUCCAAAUUUCCAAACGCAAGAAAGUACACUGCCUGCAAAGAUUGCCGUAAUUUCAAAAUAACCCUCCAAAAGAAGAUUUGGAACCUUAACCAACUAACAUAAUAUUGUAUUUAACAUAUCUUUAUAUUAAAAAGUGAACUGUGUGGCUAAAAAUAUUUCAAAAAAUAAAAAAAAUAAAUUAUUGUAAAAAUUUUA